CUAGCAUUUCACGUAGAUUGUUUUGCAUGAAGGAUUAUUAUAUCACCUUAAAUGAUGAGCUAUGGAUUUCUCCGUAGUUUAUUGUAUUUGUUUUAUAAUUGAGCUGUUCGUAUUGAAAGGGUACAAAGCAUCGCCGACAUUGACUGUGGAGGUUAAUGAUGCCUUCGUCAACAGUAGCAUAACGUUUACAUGUUCCACGUCAUCCCCGCCGGAAGCUGUUGUUUGGUUCAUGAGCGAAGAAGGAUCAGAAGAAGAGAAAAAGGUCAUUGCUCAAUGGUUAGAUGCUGAUCAUCUGCGUCGUACUGACAACAAUGCUAUGGAUUGUUCCUGUUUAUCAGAACACGUCUACUCGUGUUCUAUAAAGUCAGUGAUUUCAAGAAAUGACGGACAAAGAUGGCGCUGCAAAGCUUUCGAUGGAAUUGAAUAUAGUAUAAUCAAAAGCUACAUAAUCAGAUUAAUAUUUCCACUUACUUCCUUAACCAUUCUACCAAAGACGUCAGUUGCUUACCCAGUUUUCAAUGUCGUAUCUACCUUUACAUGCAUCACUUCAUUAAGCCGGCCUGUGGCUAGUAUUCAAUGGUUCAACGACAACAUAAACAUAACACACCUUGCUAGUUAUUCGCACAUUGAUGACGUCGCAAGAAGUGAUUUACAAUUUAUACCAAACGCUAACGGGUACAUAGGUGGAAAUAUAUCCUGCGUUGCAAGUUAUGAGUUUAAAUCCAUUAGUAACGUUCUAUCAGCUAACAUAAGCAUUCGAGUACAGUACCCCGUUUCUAACCCAAUAGUGACUAUCAACAAUCUAAGUAUAUCAACUGAUUUUGCAAUACGAGAGGAUAGACUCGUUCAUUUGAAUUGUUUCUCCACCGGAUAUCCACAACCUUCGUAUAAUUGGACUUACUCGGGCGGACGAUCGACCGGUGCUUUUCUGAAUUGUACAUUCACUCGCAAUAACGGUAGCGUGUCAUGUAAGGCGUAUAAUGUUAUGCGCACAUUUGACGGUAUAAAUAGUGCAGAGGCUACAGAGAAGAAUAUCGCAUUAAAAAUAAAUGUAUUGUAUCCACCAGUCAUUACAAAGUUAUCGAGCGAUGACAAGAGCAUAGAAAUCAUUAAUAGUACAAUAAGAGUACAGAGAGGUGACAACAUCAACAUAGUCUGUACUAGUGACGCCAAUCCCCUGGCUACGGUAUUCUGGAAUGGACCACUGAUUGAUUCACCUACAUUAACCGUCAUAAGUGUGCAGCAUGAUGCUGUAUGGACUUGCCAAGCUACAAACACUAUGACUGAUUUUGAUGGAGUAAUAUUAACGUCUAAUGUAACAAGAAACGUAUCCGCGAGAGUAUUAUAUGGCCCUGGUGUUCCUAAAAUCACGUACACAAUUCCUGCAAACUCAGAUGCACUUUGGAAUGCGUUACAUGAUCCAAUUAAAGUCAUAGUUGGAAGUACCAUUAUCUUGAUGUGCUCCGUUGACAGUGUUCCGAACUCGACAUACACCUGGGAUACCGGACACAAAGGGAGUAUUUUAACGAUAGUGAAUGUAACGCGAACAACGAACACAAGACACAAUUGCAUGGCAAAAAAUAUUAUGGAUACAUCAUUUAAAGGAAAUGUUAUUGGCAGUAACUAUUCCUUCGCAAAUCUUGAUAUACUCUAUGGCCCUUCGACCAUAGCAUUGAUGUACAAUAACGUCACUCCAAUAGAGAAUAAAUUUAAAGUUAUUGAAGGAUGGUCGUUCAAAAUAUUAUGUUCGGCCAGCAGUAACCCAGCUCCUCGAUAUACUUGGUCUGGUCAUGUAGCACAACAAGGUGAUGCUCUGAUAAUAAGAAAUGUGAGAACUGACAUAGAGAGAAAUGUAACAUGUAAAGCAGAAAACACCAUGACAGAUAGUGUGGGAAAGAGUGUUGUCGGGACUACACUUGUAACCGUUUCAAUGGAUGUGUUAUACCCGCCUGAUGUUCAACGUCUCCAGAACCAAACCGUGCUACUGAACAAUUCUCUCACAGUUGUGUGCAAUUUGACUCUUGUUGGUAAUCCACCAGCCUCAAACUAUUCAUGGAUAAGGAAGGACAUUGGCAGAGUGAUGGGUACUGGAAAAACAAUUAUAAUAAACAACAUUAGAUUGACAGAUGAAGGGGAAUACCAGUGCAAUGCUAAUAACAGAAUGCAGCCAAUAACUAAUGAAGUGCAAUACGGAUCGAGUCAGUCGACAGUCUAUAUAAAUGUUGAAUACGGAGCAUAUGUACGGGUAUUCAAAGCAAAUCAAUCGAACAAUAGCAUCGUUGUUAACCAGGGUGAGACAGUAGAUCUGUUGUGUGAAGCAGAUGGCGACCCCGAGGCUGUGCUUCGUGUAAUAAAUACUACCCGUGGAAAAGCAAGAAUCUUGGUUGAAAUAAAAGGACGUGCAGCUAAAUAUCGCAUUCAACAAGCACAAUGCGAAUAUGAUACUGGAAACUACACAUGCUUGGCUGACAAUCGUAAUAACGAAGGCAGACAGUUAUUUGCUCUUUUAGUUUACUGUGUACCGAGAGCAUCGCCAUUUUCUCUUCCAACUAAAACAUUGUACAGCGCACAGAACGACUCUGUGUUGUUCACAUUCACAAUAAUUGCAUAUCCUAAACCGACUUCACAAGAUGUAAUUUGGUACAAGCGAGAGAAUGAUAGUUGGAGGGUUUUAUCAGACGACAACAGCUUCCUGAUCACACUCUCUGAUGAUAGCAUGCAGACACAGCUAAAUAUAUUCCAUGUGCAACUUGAAGAUUAUAGCGACUACAUGGUGAACGUUUCUAACAAACUGGGUUCAACAAUGGAAGUGUUUACUUUAAAAGCGAAGUCAAUACCGGAAGUUCCGAAAGAAAUGCAAGUAAGCAGAACAGGAAAAACAGAAUUGAUUUUGGAAUGGAUCCCUGGUUUCAAUAGCGGGGAAAGUCAAACAUUUACUAUUAGGUACAAAGCCUUAGACGAAGGAAGCUGGAUUGUGAUUCCCGUUAACACCCCUCAAUAUAUAUGGACAAUCGAUGGGUUGAAGUCUGGAACGACAUACCAAAUCCAAAUGAUGGCACAAAAUAACAUAGGAAAGUCGGAUUGGACACAAGCAAUACAUGUAACUACUCACCUUAACACAGUUGGUAGUGGCUUGUCAACAUCCUCUCUUGGUGGAGCAGUAGGUGGAGUAUUUGGAGUAGUUGUCGUUAUUGCCGUGUCCGUCCUGAUAUGGAGAUACAGAUCAGAUUGUAAUGCUUUACUGCAUACUGGGCUAAACGCAACACAACAAUGCCCAGUGAAUAGGAACUCGGUUGGGCGGUAUGAAGAUCUGGUCAGAGAACAGGGCAACAACGACACCUCUACAACAGAUGGAAGUUAUGAAACCUGUAGAAUCGACUCAUCCCACGUCCGUCAUACCAAGCAGUACGAAACACUUGAGGAGCUUGAAUGUCGCCAAUACUUAAGGAUUUCGGCCUGUAUUUCUCAACAAGUCAAUACUUCGUCUGCAAAGAUAUCUGCAUCGUGUCAAACUGAUGAGUCAGCAAAUAAUCCGGAAUACGUAAAUUUACAGCUGUUCACUCAAUGACUUUACCGAAUGUGUUGCAUAGUAAUUGUAUAUAGAUUUAAUGCUUUUUUAUAAUCGGAUUGGAUCACUUUUAUGUAUAUCAAUUUGAAUUUGUUGGUGUAAAAUAUACCGUACAUAUUACAUAAUGUGUUAUAUUCAGUUUGUUUUAAGUAUUACCCUUCAUUAUAUGAACAAAUGGCCUCCGGUGUUGUUAUUUACGUAGGAUUUUUAGAAUCUGCUUGAUAUAUAUAGUAAUAUAUA